AUCUUUAAACAACAUGGCGGAUCAACGUCGAUGUUAGGACACUUACAUUUACAAUUUAGGUUUAAUCUGUUUAAGAAAGAUUCUGAGAUUGUAUGAGCUUAGGAUAUUUAACGAUUUUUGACGUAAGGUCUGACCUUUUUAACAAUUCAAUAGUGGAAGAAAAGACAAAAGAGAAUUUAAGAAUGUCACAGACUUACAUACAGCCAGAUUCCUGACAUCUACUUCAAACAAAAUUCUUGCAGCUAGUUUAAUAUUUAUCACCAAAAAAAAAAAGAGAAAAAAGUCUGAAACACUCAAAAUGAUGAUGUUGUAAAGGAGACAUGAUUACAUGAUCAAAUAAAAAGGGUUAGUGGGAAAGAUCAUAAAAUGGAUUCCGAUGGAAUUUACGAGGAAACAUACGAAGAUGAAUACGCUGAUGAUGAGAUGCCGGAUGAUAAUGAAGAUGCCGUCGUGUUAAGCGAUAGUUCAGACUCGGAGGAAAGCGAACCAGAAGACUCGGGAUUUAGUAACAAUGAAAAUGGUGGUUCACAAGAGUUGACGUUACUAGACGAGGGGCCAUCAGUGUUGAUACAGCCAUCAAUACUUGAUGACGAGGAUGAAGGGGAAGACGAUGAAGGAACUUCUUUAAGUAUGCCACAAUCCAUACAUUUGCCUCCCCUUGAUUUGCUGGCAGACGUCACUGCAGAAGCUCGUUUGAUGAUGUCAUCCAAAGAUACUGGUAUCAGUACACAAGCCGAGGAAGAAGGCGAGGGUGAAUGGGACGAUGAUGCUGUCACAACUGAGUCAUCUAAAGAUCUCAUAAUAGAACAAGAAGAUAAAAAGGAAAUAGAAAAGAAAAUACCAAAGAAAAAGAAGAAAAAGAAAAAAUGGUUCUACAUAUGUCUUUCAAACUGUAAAUAUGAUGUUGUUCGUAAAGUGUCACGCAAGUUUGGUUUUAAAGAAGUCUCAGAUGAUGACGACUGGACACUUUACUGGACAGAUUAUUCUGUGGCCCUGGAACGGGUCAUGGAUAUGAAAAAAUACCAGAAAAUCAAUCAUUUUCCUGGAAUGAGUGAAAUUUGUAGGAAGGACUUAUUAGCUAGGAAUAUGAACCGAAUGUUAAAGAUGUUUCCAAAAGAAUACAAUGUCUUCCCUAAAACAUGGUGCCUUCCUGCAGAUUAUGGAGAUUUCCAAGCAUACUGUCGACAGAAGAAAAACAAAACAUAUAUAUUAAAGCCAGAGUCCGGUUGCCAAGGUCGUGGUAUCUGGGUCACGAAAAAUCCAAAAGAUGUUAAACCACAUGAACAUAUGAUCUGUCAACAUUACAUGUCUAGGCCUUUACUAAUUGAUGGUUUCAAAUUUGACUUGAGGAUCUACACCCUGGUGACUUCUUGUGACCCACUUAGAAUAUUUGUGUUCAAAGAUGGUCUAGCUAGAUUUGCUACCAACAAAUACACAGAACCUACUCAUAGCAAUGUAGACAAUGUUUACAUGCAUCUCACAAACUAUGCUAUAAAUAAACAUAGUGAGGAUUUUAUUCGUGAUGAUGAAGCCGGCAGUAAGCGUAGGAUUAGUACAACUAAUAGAUACAUGGCAAAGAAAGGGUACGAUGUAGAUAAAAUGUGGGCUGAUAUAGACGAUGUGAUAAUAAAAACACUUAUCUCGGCUCAUUCUGUGUUAAAACAUAACUACCGCACAUGUUUUCCUAAUCAUGUUAAAGGAAGUGCUUGUUUUGAAAUUCUUGGAUUUGAUGUGAUUCUAGAUCGGAAACUACGGCCAUACGUAAUUGAGGUCAAUCACUCACCAAGUUUUGGCACAGACUCGGAACUGGAUCGGGAAAUCAAGGGUGCUCUAGUUUAUGACACAUUACAGCUAGUUAAUUUUGGUGCUUGUGAUAGACGGAAAUGUAUAGAGGAAGAAAGACGUAGGAUCAAAGAUAGGCUACUUGGCAAGUCAAAUAGGAAAGAAUCUAGGGAAGAAUUAGAUCUUGCUCAACAACAAUAUAUAGAAUCUCUUGAUAAAUAUGAGAGUAAUCACUUAGGUAACUUUCGUCGUAUUUAUCCUAAUCCUGGCUCGGAGAAGUAUGAGAAAUUCUUCCACAGUAGCGGAACUUUAUUCCAGGAGACAGCAGCUUUCAAAGCCAGGAGUGAACUUGCCAGACAACAAAGAGAAGAAAUCUCUCGUAAAAAGGAGAAAUUGGAGGCGAUGUUGAAAGGGAAGAAGAGCACAACUGGUGUAGCUAGGCCAGAGAGUCCAGGAAGUAGAAGAAGGAGGUCAUUACGCAGAACAACAAUGCCAGCAAGAAGAAUACAGUCAAGUUCUAGAACAAGCUUAGAUAUGUUGAGUAAUGAAUCGUCACAGUUACAAAUCAAUAUAGAUGAACCAGUAGACACGAAAAAACCAAUGGAUAUUUUAGAGGAAGAGGAACUGGAGCGUAUAAGUGGUCUUCUACAAAGAGAUAACCUUGUAAGGGGGUUGGGCAUUGUGGAACAUGUGUACCGCCUACUUCAUUGUACACCAGGUACAAUGGGUGUGUUAAAGUCAGAGCCACGCCCACUUCCUCCACCACUGGUCGUUAUCAGGCAAUAUAGCAGUUUAAAAAUUCAAGAGUUGCCUCCCUUACUGACUGAUUUUAACUAUGGGUAUAUUUACAACUUUCCGAACGUAAAACACAAUAUUCGGAGGCUAGCCUUGAGAAAUCUUGGCAGUCCUCAGGAAAAUCAAAGAUGGCUGUACACAAAUCGGCAGAUGGACUCGUGCCUUUCUGGACGACAAGCUCCUAUUCGUAUAAAGGACAAACAGUACUAUAAAAAGCUUCUUGAUCGAUAUUUCGGUCACAAUCAUGCAUUAGCAAAUGAGAACAAUUCUCGUUUAGACAAAACCAUAUAUAGGUCAAAUCGUAACUUUGCCGGUCGUGGUAUUAAUAAUAAGGAAGAUCUAAACCGUCAGUUUCCGCAUGUGAGACUGUCAUACAGCAGUAGUGAUAGAAAAGUGUUGCUCACUCAUGAGCCCUAUAUACUGGAAGGCUCUGAUACCGAGGAAGUUUUUGAACUGGAGACAGAACAGGAUUGUUCCGGUCAGCGUGUAGAUAGCCAGAUUAGUGUAGGUGCCGGUAGUUACACGUUGCAACCGGAUCGCAGUGUAACAUCUGUUAUGUCCGGCCUUUCAAAUGGCAGUGGUCAGACCGGCACCUAUGGUUUGAUCAACGAUCUUGGCGGUCUAUCGCAGCCGAAUCAAAUCGGCUCCAAUAGCUCUACAAGUUCUCUUUCAAUGACCUCACAAGCUUCGUUGCACACGCACUCAAACACUCACACCACAACUAACAUCUGUCUGUACCCACCCCCAAACCCACUAGCUAAGCCCAUUUUACCGGCUACGACCGGUUUGUCAAAAAUUGUACAAAUUUCAAACAAUACUGUCUCCACAUCUCAGCCUGGGCAUGGUGGUCGCAGUUGGACGCACAAGUCAAGUACCGCUGGGAACCUUGGUAGUGUCAAUGAAAGAACGGUUCCUUCUUACCAGAGAAACAAGUUUAUUCGUAAGCCCCUUGGUAGCACCGGAAGGGUAGGUGGUCCAAGUACGGUGAUACCCGAUUCUGAAUAUAGGAAUUUGUCAUCAUUACUUGAAACUGAGGCUGAACGAAACCGGAUUCUUGCAAGAAAUGGUUUUACAAGUAACAGUUCAACGGAUAAUCGUCCUGACUCAAUAACGCCAAAUUCAAAUCAAAAGAGAGUACUAAGUGCCUCUGGUCAACGUAAGGAUAAUGAUGGUAUUACUACUCAGCCACAGAUUAAGACAAAAUAUGUGAGUGAGGCAACUGGUUACCGAACAGCACACCAAUCAAACCCACUCUGGCAGUACCAUCUUAUCGGAGGGCAGGACCUGCAACGGUAUCCUUCCCAGCACGGCCCAGGGCUGUCUGUAGUAUCAGGUCCAGCCCCAGUUAUACAGCGACCUGACCUUUGUCACCCAUCAACAAAUAAUCCACCAUCAUCAAAUAGUAGCAUUAGUCGAGUUAGUUCCCAUCACUCAAGUUCAAAUCUGUCUGAGGCAGCUUCGAAUGUUUCUGGUCUUAGAUCGACCAGAUCUCAAAGAAUACGUGGCGCCUCCAACAAUAUCCGUCUUCGCCAAAUGGAAAUGCGCGAAAACCAUGCCGUUGUUUUCAGCUGAUAGUAAAAUUACCACUCAUUAGAGGUGACAAUUUAUGAUAAAAAAUACAAUUAGAACAUUGAGAUUGCAAAAUGAAUAUUUGAAACAAAACUGACAAGGAUUUGACAUUGCAUGUUGUGCCAAUGUGAUUAUAUUCCAGUUGCCAAACAAAAAAUACAAAAACAGUUGCCAAGUGAUUAACAGUGAGCUGAAAAAAAUUAAUAUAUUCCACAUGAACUUGCUUGUUGGUCAGCGUGGCAGUUAUAUCGUUGUCAAAUUUGUUGCUUGUUUUGCGUGACUCGUGAUAUUAUAAUAUUCAUCUAUGCAAGUGUUUACAAUUUGUAAUUGGUAGGAAGAUAACAGAUAUUUCAUUUAUUCAGUAUGUAUAGAGUUUGUGUCGAUAGAAAGUCGGUAUUGGACGAUACUUUUUGGAAUAGAGGAUGAUCAUGUUGAAAAGGGGGACAAAUUAAAUAAAAAAAAGUGUGAUACAUUCAGGGAUGUAAAGCUUAUAAUUUGUUGAAAUGUCACUUUUUGAACUUAACAUUUUGAGAUAUGCGAGGACUGGAAUUCAGACAGAAAAUUCCAGUUGAUGUUAGAAUACAAAUACAAUAGUUAAAUUUAAUUUAACUUUUAUAGUAUUUCACCUGUUGUGAUGAAUUUGUGCAUAUAUCCAUUUAUUCAGAAACAAAGUAUUACCUGUCAAAUAAGUAAAAGAAGAGCAUUUAAUUUCAAAAUUGCCCUUUUGUUUGAAUAUUUAACAUUUGGAUAUUCUGUAAGCCUCUUUUAUACUCUAAAUGAAUUAAAGAAGGGCGUUUGUAUGAUGUACAUAUAAGACAUUAUACUGGUUUCAAUCCAAUAUGUAAUCUUAAGAUACCCUUAGUGCUGAGCUAGAAAUUUUUUUACUACAUGGAAAACACAAUGAAGUAUGAAAUAAAAAAAGUAGGACCAUUUCUUGACACAAUUGUAACAAUAUUAAGUACAAUGUAAUUCGGUUGGGCUUGAAAAAAGUUAAUAAGUCUGACAGAAAGAUUGAAAAUAAACAUGAGCUGAACGAUUUGCCAACAUCAGCUUUUAAUAUACAAUUUUACCUUCAAUUUACUUCAAUUCUCUAUUACAGUUAAAUAUUUUACCAAAUUUUACAUGUACAACAUUGUAAUUUAAUUGUUUUGUAUAUUGUCUCAAUCUUAAUGUAUUUCUUGACUCCUAGAUUAUAUUGGCUAUACGUUUUAUUGGCUCCAAUAUUGUAUGUGCAGAUAUCGAAUGUAAAUCAAAACUUCAUAGCAAGUUGUAUACAAACAUAUUGUAUUAAUGUAAUAUUUCUGUGAUUGAAGGAGUACCUCAACUGUGAUAAAUAUGCGUUGUUCUGUUAACAUUUUAUAUUAUAUGUGUGAUUACAACGUUACUUAUUAUUUGUUAAGUUUAAAGUUUGAUUACAAGUAGCAUGAAUUAUUGAGUGAUUCUUUUUUAAAUAUGUUUGUAUUUUCUUCCCUAUUUUGAAGAAGAUAACGAAACAAAUUUUUAUUCUCUUUUAUGGAAGAUAAGAGUAGUAUUGAAUUACAUGAUGUAUUAAGAAACCUGGUAACUGAUAAACCACUCUACUGUCUAGGUAGCUGAUUUUUAGUAAUAAAGUUGUUUUUUAAUUUGGAUACAAUUAUGUUUCAUUGAACUUUUAAAUUUUAUAGAGUUGGUUUAGAGUAAACAUAUUUCUAUUUUUAUAAUGUUAGCAUUAAUUUAACCGAAAUUCAGUAUUAAAGCUUUUGGAAGGUUGUGUUACAAAAUUAGUAUUCUUUUGUGUUUUCACCUUUUGUCUGUCUAUGAGGCACCUAAGGACUGUAUAAAUAAAGAAUAGAUAAUUGAACACUGCCGUUCCCAUUUUUGUACUUUUCUUGCAAGACUUUCAACAGUACAAAAUUGCACAAUGAUAAUAUUUAAACAUUUUAUGUCCAUGCCUGUUAUUUGAAUAUAAAUAUAUGUCCUUAUUUAAUGUCCUUAUUUAUUCAUACUAUGUGACCAUUGAUGCCAGAGCUUAAGUGGCAGACUAACCAUUAUUCCAAAUAUUGCCUACACUAGAAAAAAACAUAAUUAGCUGUAAACAUCAGUGUUUAGUGAAUUUUGUGAUAGCAUAAACUGAAUUUCUACUAAAAUUCAAUGGCACAUCUACAAUAAUAACCAAGUCUACUUUUUUUGGUCUCUACCUUUAAUUAAAUAAAAAAAGUAUGGCACUGCCAAAGUGAUAUUUUAUCAACAUGUGUUAACAUACUACGGGGGAAAAGAGUUUCUUUGCGAUCAGGCCGUUUAAGCAAGUCCUUGUCUUGUGCGCUCAUUUAUUAAAUUAUUAUUUGAAAACAUUUCUUCAGCCCUAUGUAUUUAAAAAUGGACAUUAUGAGCGAAUCUAAGUAAUAAUUCCAAUAUUGAUUCUGUUGUAUCAGUUUAAAAUAUUGAAUAUUUAUGUUUAUAAGCAUAAGAACCAUUACCUGCAAAAUAACUGAGAUGUCUUUUUUCAUUUGGUAAUUAGGCAGUAUAAAAUUCUUAUUUUUUUUAUUUUUUUUAUUUAUUUUUUAAUUAAGUGCACACUAUACUAAUAUAUUAAAAUGUUUUAGUCUCAUUUUAUCAUAAUUGUAGGAAAACAUUUGAAUGUUAUUAUUUUAGUCCCAUCUCAAUCCUAGCAAAGUGCCAAUAUAUUAUUUCCAUGCAAAUUUUGAUGUUAUUGGUGAAUUGUGUAUAGAAUGAAACUAUAUUUUAUUGUAUAUGAAGUCAUUGAAAUGCACUUAAAAAUAAAAAUCACAAUACA